AUGGCAGAUAACUUCGCGUUCGUGACUGUCAACAACACGGGACGGACACAGUCCACAGAUCGAUCUGUCAUCCGCAGCCGAUGCAUGCUCGGUAGGAAUCGGCAAGAGGGCUCGCGGCGUUCCAAGCAAGCUGCUCGCAAAGCGCUGAGGCUGGCCGCCCAAUCCGCGAGCGACACUGCAGAACGCCAGACGCUCAAUCCGUUGCUUACCCCGUUCAAACCUCGGCCCUGCGAGACGCACAAAAAGAAGCAAUAUGAGGAAGAUUCUCAGGCUACAAACAAAGAGGAGAGAGCUCGGAAUGACAGGGUAGCAUUGAUGCCUCCGGUCCCUCAUCCGCCACCCAGCGACAUGUCUCUCAUUCGCUUUGCAGAAGAAUUGGGACGGCCCUCUCAAGAGAUUCUUUUCAGACUGGUCAACAUCAAUGCUCUCAAGGGCACCUUCUAUCCCAUCGAGCACUGCGUCGACCUCCCACGCAGUGCCAAUUCGGAAGCGCUCUCAUUUUCAUGGAUUCUCCAGGACAAAAUCUUUCUCCACAGCGCCUUGUUCUACUCCUCCGCCGUACAUGAACAUGUACAUCGUCGUCAGCCAGGGAAAAUGACACAGUUCCAUCUCCGACGCACAAUCCAGCUUCUAAACGAUGCGCUUUCUCAACCAGAUUCGCAUCGUAACGAGGCAAUAUUCCACGUCGUACUCACUCUGGCCUUGAUGGCAGGUCUUUGGGGUGACUUCAACACCACAGCCGUACACUUGUCAGGCUUGCAACAGAUUGUACACCUGCGUGGGGGGCUGAAAUAUCUUCAACGUCACCCGAAGCUACAUUUCAAGCUCGAUCGUCUGGCUCUCUCAUGGGCUCUUGGUACGGGAGGCGCACCUUGUUUUUUCACCAGCCCUGUUGGUUGGGACUCGUGCUUUGACGCACAGCUGACACCUCCCAACUAUCAUGCUGAGACCAUUCUCUCCGAUGUCGUGAGUGACUGGAGGCUGGCAGCUGUGUGGCAAGACCUAAGGCAUUUGGUGAACUUGAUCAACCAGCACUUGGCCUGUAAUUCGCUGCUCGACGGCUCACUUUUCCAAGACUCCCUGGGAUCAAUCCAAACACGGCUCAUACGCCUUCAGGACCAAAUCGAUACCCCGUCUGAUGAGUGCCUCCGGCUCGGGAUGUUGGCUUUCCUAUCAACCACAUUGCAAAUCCCAGGCGGCAAACUUCCUUACAAGUAUCUCACAGAAAGCCUCAAGAAUAUUUGCCAGCCUCUCGUCAUUCAAACGCUCAUGAAUGAGCGUAUCACACUCUGGCUUUUGAUGGUGGGCGCGAUCUCCGUCUUGGAGGCUGAUGAGGCUUGGUUGUGGCCUUUGUGGUUAAACUUAGGGGUAAGGCAACUGUCGUGGGAGAACGCGCGGUCUCGGUUGCAGAGCGUCAUGUGGAUAGACCGGCUACAAGGAGCUCUCGGUCAAGCGGCCUGGGCAAAGCUCGCUUUGAUUAAUGCAGUAUAA